GAUGUACAAAAAGAAUCGCAAGGACGGUCGCCAUUCUGAACUGACAACGUCUCUGGGAUUCCGACGAAUUUCAACUAUCACGAAUGGCGACUCUCAAUUUGGGAUCAUCAAUCCCCGUCCCAAGCAUCAAAGAACUCGUAGCCCAACCUCUCGACACCGUGCCUCUGCGGUACAUAAGGGACCUCGACGCUGACUAUCCUACCGCUGCCGCUUUCCCCGGCGACUCUUCAGUUCAGCUGCCGCUCUUGGAUAUGGCCAAGCUCGUUGACCCACAAUAUCAAGAGAUAGAACUUCAAAAGCUUCAUGAUGCAUGCAAAAAUUGGGGCAUCUUUCAGUUAAUAGGUCAUGGAGUUCCCGAUGAAUCGCUAAAAGCUAUGCAUAAAAAAACUCAAGAGUUCUUCGACCUAUCCCCUGAAGAUAAAAACCAGUAUGCACAAAAACCUGGAAGUCUAGAAGGUUAUGGUCAAGCGUUUGUGAUAUCCGAAGACCAAAAGCUGGAAUGGUGUGAUAUGAUCUUCCUCAAGGCCAUUCCCACUCACACGAGGAAAUUAGAGUUUUGGCCCGAAGAACAACCUCGCAAUUUCCGGGAAGCAUUGCAUGUAUACUCGCAUGAUAUGAGGAAGACUGCAGUUUCCAUAAUUGGGUUCAUAGCCAUGGCUUUGGGGCUCGAUUUCAAAGAUUUCCGUGAGGUUUUUGAAGGAGGAAACUAUGAUGUGAGGAUGAAUUGCUACCCACCUUGUCCUGAGCCUGAACGGGUUAUUGGUAUAUCGUCUCAUGCUGACUUAUCUGGAAUCACACUCUUGACUGAUUGCGGUGAUAUCCCUGGAUUGCAAGUCCUAAAAGAUGGCCGAUGGGUGUUUGUUGAACCUAUAACGGAUGGAAUGGUUGUAAAUAUUGGCAUCAUAAUGGAGAUAGUGAGCAAUGGAGUUUACAAAGCUCCUUAUCACAGAGCGGCAGUAAAUAGACAUAAAGACAGGUUUUCGAUAGUCACAUUUUGCUAUCCGUCCAAGAAGUUUGACAUUAAGCCAGCCAAAGAACUGAUCAAUCCAGACUCAUUGGCUUUAUACAAGUCCUUUACAAACGAUGAAUACUUUCGAAGCUUCUACGAACGCACUGAACUCAGUGAUGACGGGGUUCCAUUCAUUGAUACCGUGAAAAUCUAACACCACGAAGAGCUUCAAAUUCCUGUAAGUUGGUCUUACAUUGAAACUUCCACAAUCUCCCUUAGUUUUCUUUGAGGGUUUUGGAGUAUGAGUUAUAAUUAUAGAUUGAUAGCAAUUUACAGCAACAUGCAUCUAAAGUCUGCAUGAAAUAAGCCAACCAAUACUUGCUAAACAGUCCUAACAAGUGCUAGAUGUUACAUUUUUAUGAUCAUGAAUAUGCUAAA